GCGCGCGCGCGAGAGAGAUGCAAUUAAACUGCAAGCCCCAAAGAAAAGAACCUUCAAAAAGCUCCCCCACUCGCAUCCGAGGCGCGUGCAGGAUCGACCUACAAUCUGCCCACUCUUCCCUCUCCUCCCACUCCUCCACCUCUGCCAUCACCGCAAACACGCACUCACUCCUUCACAUUCCUCUCUAACAUGCGCCACCUCCUCUUCUCCACCACCACCGCCAUGCCCUCAUUCCCCAAACCCCCCAAAUCCUCCUCAAACCCUAACCCUAACCCUACCCUCUGCAAGCACAGCCCCUCCGCCACUCUCGACCUCCUCAUCCUUGUGCUCGUCCUAUUCGCGGGCUCCUUCCUCGUCUCCUCCUACCUCUCUUACCUCUCUCUCCUCCUCUCCCACUCCUCUCCUCUCCUCCUCCGCCACCUCUCCCUCCCCUACCUACUGUCCUUCAUCCUCUUCUUCGCCGCCUCCGCCGCCUUCGCCGACCUCUGUUGCGGCGCUCGCUCGCGCCGCUGUAGGAAUCCGGGCUGCAAGGGCUUGAAGAAGGCCAUGGAGUUCGAUCUGCAGGUGCAGACCGAGGAGUGCGUCAAGUCCGCUUUGAAGUCCAGGGAGAUCGACGGCUUGCCGUGGAAGGGCGGGAGCGAGGCCAACCCUGACUACGAGUGCCUCCGAUCGGAGCUCCGGAAGAUGGCGCCGCCGAACGGCCGCGCCGUGCUGCUCUUCCGCUCGCGGUGCGGGUGCCCCGUCGCGAAGCUCGAGGGCUGGGGGCCCAAGCGUGGGAAGCGCCAUAAGAAGGCUCUGGCCAGUGUGGCAGUUAAUGGGGGAGGAGGGGAUCAUCGCUGAUUGUUUGUGAUGACUGAUGCGUCAUCGGGAUCUACCUUAUAUAUUUACCUUUCUCCUAAGAUUUAUAUGUUCUUUCUCAAAGACAUAACUCACUAUGGAAACAAUUUUUUUUUUUUGAGUCCUAUAAUCCGAUGGCCCUCCUAAAUAGGUCUGAAACAACCUUUUACCUUGGAA